CACCGGAUGUCCCGUGUCAGUGGAAGUAAACUGGUGAGAGAAAUCAGAUCCUGAAGUUGCGUCUCGCUAAUAGAGUGGUACGGAUGUGGUGCGUUCAUAACCCAAAUAUUCUGAGACAUUAUUCCUUUAAAACGAUAUCAAACGGACAGUGAGCUGCUACGUAAGCCUCAGCAAAGUGGACGGAUUGAUUUUGCUGACGAUUUCAUACUUUUCUGGAGGCCUGGGGGAAACACAACGUUAAGCUAACGAUAAGUAUCCACCAUGUCGUGGGAAGAAAUGCCUUGUUUUCUGGCCUCGCCUCUGAGCUCGCCUCUGCCCCGUUCGCCUGCUCUCUGAUCCUACCGGACAACAAAACAAGCAGAGGUGGUUAACGUAGCACUCAGCUGUCAAUGCGGCUAACAGUUAGCAUUAUAAAUUAGCCCACACCGACGGUUUUACUCUAGCUUGUUAGCUCGUGAGCCAUGGCGGACAGCUUUGGAGAGCAGUCCAGCGGCGGUGCCCUUGGCUUAGGCGUUACCGGACAGGGCAGCGGGGCUUCGCUGCUGCCGACUUUGGCUAACUCUCUGCCGGUGGGACACUCAACAGCCAGCGGUGCUCAGUCCAGCUCUAACCCGGCCUCCCCUCCUCCCGCCGCGUCCGCGCAGAUUGGCCUAACCGCUCUGGUGGCACCUAUGUCCGCUGUCACUGCUACCCCGGCCGGUUUUGGGAACACAUUCACCCCCGGCUCCUCGCCACCAGUAGUGGCCGUGUCUCCGACCGUACACGCCUCCUCGCCUCUCCCCGUUGGGCUCGGGGUCGGCGGGGUGGCAGGAGCGGGCCUCCUGUCUCAAAUCCACGCUACUUCUUGGGACCCGACUCUCAGUACGGACUGGGACAACGAGAAGGCUUCCCAGCAGUGCAUCUUGAGGAUAAAGAGGGAUAUCAUGUCCAUAUACAAGGAGCCUCCACCAGGGAUGUUUGUUGUCCCUGAUCCUCAAGACAUGACGAAGAUCCAUGCCCUGAUCACAGGGCCGUUCGACACACCGUACGAGGGUGGCUUCUUCCUCUUCCUGUUCCGCUGCCCCCCAGACUACCCCAUUCACCCACCCCGAGUCAAGCUCAUCACCACUGGACACAACACUGUUCGCUUCAACCCCAACUUUUACCGCAACGGCAAGGUCUGCCUCAGUAUCCUGGGGACAUGGACAGGCCCAGCAUGGAGCCCAGCCCAGAGUAUCUCAUCUGUCCUCAUCUCCAUCCAGUCUCUGAUGACGGAGAACCCUUAUCACAAUGAACCUGGCUUUGAACAGGAGCGCCACCCAGGCGACAGUAAGAACUACAACGAGUGUAUUCGACAUGAAACCAUGAGAGUGGCUGUGUGUGACAUGCUGGAGGGCAAAGUCCCCUGUCCUGAAGCACUAUGGAGUGUGAUGGAAAAGUCCUUCCUAGAAUAUUACGAUUUCUACGAGGGUGUCUGCAAAGAGAGACUGCAUCUACAGGGACAGAACAUGCAGGACCCAUUUGGCGAGAAACGUGGUCGCUUCGACUACCAGGGCCUGCUGGCUCGCCUCAGCGCCACCCACAGGCGAAUACGUGAGAAAAACUUGGCAGAGGACGACCACAACGAUGACGAUUCAGACUCAGACACCAGCUCCUCUGGGACAGACCCUGACAGCCAGGGCAGCUCCCAGCCCUGACUCCCUGAACAGUACUGGACUCAGAGCCAGUCCAAGAACUACAGACAAAGGGACCUUUUUUUGUUUUGCUUGCAGUGGAGGAACAACGUCACUGAAGAGGAUGCCACACCUACGUCAAAGUUUAGUGAGUCCAGGGUUUAGGUUUGGAAUCAAGCUUCUGUUGAAUGGAUGUUUCCGAGAGGGAAGAAUUGGUAGUGCUCUCUUGAAAAUGAAAAGUGAACACCAUCUGCUAGACAAAUGCUGGCGAAUCUGGCCCAGAGCAUUGUAUUUGUGCUACUUUCGUAGCUAACCAGCUGCGAUUUUGGUGUCCUGUUUGAUUCUAAAACUUGUCAGCUCCCAAAAUGCCUGAUAGAUUUUGAGAUUAACCAGCCAUUGUUGAUUGUGGAUAUAAAAGAUUAGUUUUAUGGCUCAAAUCUUUGAAAACAUAUAUGCAGAUAUUGCAGCAUUCUAAGGUGGCAGUUCUGCUUUGACCUACAAGCCCAAACAAAGCCAGUCAGUUUUAUACUCCUUACCAAGGAAAGACUGUCUAAUUGGGAUCGUCAAGGAAAAGGCCUGGAGCUCAGUUUGGCUUCAAAGUUGAGACAGGUUUGGGCCAGACGAAUGGACCUUCUACUGUGAAAGUCGGGGUGAUUAGCCUGAGUUAGCUGGAGCAUUGAAAGAUGAUGGUCCUUCAUUAAAGUAGCACUAUUCUUCUUUGGAUUCAAGAGGGCAGGAAGCUAUGACAGACCUUUAACAAACAGAAGGUAGUUGGAGAAAAUGUCGAGGCUUUGCAGGUCUUGUCUCCUCUGCCCAUGGUAAAGCCACGCCACAGCUCUUUCAGACUGAACCUCAGCCACCUCUAUAACCAGGCCACAUCAAACAUCAGCAGCUCUCAAGUCUGAAUACAGUGAUUCCUGUGUAUUGUACAAAAAGUUCUGCUUAGCUUUCAGUUUAAAUAGUGCUGUUGAAUUGACAGUAAAUCUGUUUACCAGAUAAGAAGCCGUUAGAGAAGUGUCACUUUCAUUGACAUCUACCUUUGUACCCUUUGUUAUGGUAUUUUCUCAUUGUCGUGCUGGAACUAACGCUUAUUUACAGUGUGUAGGUUGUUUAUUUGGAGACCCUGCUGUUCUUCGGGUUGCAGGCUCUUCUGAUUAACCCAUCGAAAUGUAAACCAAACUAUCCUGUGCUUUAGCUAGAUCCACCCAGGCUUGGGGAAACUAAUGGAGGCAAGCAAAGGCGUCUUUCCAUGUGUUCACACUGCAAGUAACUCAGUCACACUGUUGUGUCUGUAUGAGGGGCCCAACUUAAGGCUUUGGUUGCACCUCUACAGAGGUACACACAGAAGGCAGAUCAAUCAGUCAUGGUUUCACUGGUUUGGUAUUGGUUUCUUUAAUUUAAUUUAAUUCUUUGACACUUUGCUGACUAAGUAGCUUUUGUUAAAAAGAAACUGAUAAACCCUGUUCUUAACGAAGUUGUCAUUUUGGGUGCAUACUUUUCACCACUAGAUGGCAGGCUUGCCACAGAUUUGGGUUCAAUGUUACAAACUCAAAUUAAUAGGGGAAGUAAGGCAGUGAAGAAAUCUGAUUAGCCAGCACUUUUUAAACAGUAUGUUUUGUUCAGGAACACCCCAGAAAGAUUCACUCGUCAGCGACACAAGAAACAAAUGUACUUGUUGACAACAUUGCUUGCAGUGUGAUCACAGUGGUGGGUGUUAUCAAGGACAGAAGAGAAGAGAGCAGAGUUUGUAGGGUUUUAUGAGUGGAGAAACACUCCAAAAGGAUAGCUUCAGAUAGAUUUCUAUCCAAGUCUUGCUAAAUACUCACAUGCCUUCAUGUAUGUUGAAUGUGUUAUUCCACCUGUUUGUACUGGCUGUGAAAAGAUCUGUUUCUAGCCCAACUCAGUCAGCUAUAAGAAACGGGACUAAAUCUACAGCCUUCAUUUCAGUUCAGCCAUGUGAGUUACACAAAUCAAGUGGCUGUGUUUGUUCUGGUCGUCAGACAUAGAUUAAUUACUGUUUUUGUGCCCGCUUUGUGACUAUCAGGACACAUUCGAGUUAGUGGAGGGAUUCCAUGCUGGAAACGUCUGUGGAAAGUGAAAUUUUGUACUAAUAAUACUUAAUAUCGGAAGAUACCCACUUUGUAAUAAGUUUUUGCAAAGAACAGGAAGGGAUCUCUUCUCUCCAUACUGGCUGUGAAGAGAUCCCUUCCUGUUCUUUGUAAUAAGUUUUUGCAAAGAACAGGAAGGGAUCUCUUCACAGCCAGUAUGGAGAGGAGGAAUGAUAAUACUGAGUAACCAGCACCACCAGUAACACUUCCAGAGUUAAUACAGAAUGUGAGCAUUGCCGAGAGUUGGAUCAGAUUGAUGUCACACUCAUGUCUGUUUGGUAAAUAUGAAGCCGCAGCCAGUUAGCAUAAAGACUAGAAAUUGGGUACAGCUAGCCUGUCUGUCUAAAUGUAAUGAUAUCCACAUACUCAAAAGCUCACUAAUUAACUAUUAAAUGUCCUCUGUUUAAUCUGGGCAAAACCAAAGUGUAAAAUUAACUUUUUUGACAUUUUACAUGGAGAUUAUAAGGCAAGAAAUAGUCCCGUAUAUAACCAACCAUAAAACUCUUUAAAACUUUGUCGUUUUUGCAGAUUAACAAACAAGAUGUGACAUUUUAUUGAGUGAGUAUUAGAGGUGGUGGUGGGUGGACUUUUGUUUUGUUACUUUUGGACAGAGCCAGACUAGCUGUUUUCUGUGUGAUAACUAACCAGCUGCUGUCUUUAGCCACAUAUUUACCUGAUAUGCAAGUACAGAUCAAUCUCUACAUUAAACGCUUCGCCACAAAGGAAAUAAGUACAUUGCCAAAAAUGUACUGCUUCUUUAAACCCAAAUACAGACUCUUAAAUUUCGGCAUACUACCCAUCUUAUACUCUUUUCAAGAAACUUGUCAUCAUGGUGAGACAAGAGGUCAGACUAAUGAAUGACUUUAGGGCUUGUUGCAUUUCCUUUCUGCCUUCCAUUGUCCUCCAGUGUCUCUACAGCCAUGUUGACGGAGAGAGGAGCAGAAGUUAGGUUGCUUAAGAUUCAAAUGGGAUUACUAAUAUAGGGCAUUCCUUUUUAUUAUGUUAUAGAAUGGUUAUAUGAGAAUCAGCUCCUCGCAGAUUAUAUGUGAUUGCCAAAAUGUUGAUUGCAGCACUUCCUGAAAUGGAAGUGAAGAGAUCAUAUCCUUGUUUGGUUGUGUUGUGUUGUGCUUAAAGCAGGGUUCUUCAGUGGCUCUAUAAAGACUGGAUCACUGCCUCAAGUGAUCAUGUUCCAGGUCUACAAAAUGUUGGUAAUGUACAGACGUUCUGGAAAAGUACAGAAUAAAAUGUUGUUCAGUCCUGAUA